AUGCUAGGUGCCAAGCGGACAUUCCCAGAGAACCAUGGACGGUGUAGGAAAUAUGACAAGACUUGGGGACAACCUCAGCUGCCUCUCCACUAUCGAUGACUUCCGCAACCAAGUAUACUCCACUGUGUACUCAAUGAUCUCUGUCAUUGGCUUCUUUGGCAAUGGCUUUGUGCUCUAUGUGCUUAUCAGGACCUCCCAUGAGAAAUCUGCCUUCCAAGUGUACAUGGUGAACCUAGCUGUGGCCGACCUGCUCUGCGUGUGUACGCUGCCUUUUCGGGUCGUGUAUUACGUACACCGAGGCAUCUGGUUCUUAGGGGAUUUCCUAUGCCGCCUCAGUACCUACGCUCUGUAUGUCAACCUAUACUGUAGCAUCUUCUUUAUGACCGCCAUGAGCUUUUUCCGUUGCGUGGCCAUAGUCUUCCCAGUCCAAAACAUCAACCUGGUGACCCAGAAAAAAGCCAGAGUUGUGAGCGCAGCCAUUUGGAUCUUUGUUAUCCUGACCAGCUCACCCUUUUUUCUGAUGAACAAAACCUAUCAAGACAAUCAUAAUCACACCAAGUGCUUUGAGCCCCCACAGGACUCAAAGAGUAAGAAAACGGUGAUGGCCUUGCACUAUGUCUCCUUGUUUCUGGGUUUCAUCAUUCCAUUUGUUACCAUAAUUGUCUGUUACACUAUGAUCAUCUUGACCUUACUAAAGAAUUCCAUGAAGAAGAAUCUGUCAAGUCGUAAGAAGGCUGUAGGAAUGAUCAUUAUCGUAACGGCUGCCUUCUUGAUCAGUUUCAUGCCUUAUCACAUUCAACGUACGCUCCAUCUCCACUUUUUGAACAACGAAAGUAAAACCUGCGAGGCUGUCCUUGCCAUGCAGAAGUCGGUGGUCAUAACCUUGUCUCUGGCAGCCUCGAAUUGUUGCUUUGACCCACUCCUCUAUUUCUUUUCAGGGGGUAACUUCAGGCAGAGGCUGUCCACAUUUAGAAAGCAUUCUCUGUCUAGCGUGACCUACGUGCCCAAGAAGAAGACCUCCUUCCAAGAAAAAGGGGAUGAACUAUGCAAAGAAUAG